CUCUCAGCUCACAGCCUCUGUGACGCACAUGCAACAGCAUUGAUUUGGUUCAUUGGUUCAUGCUGGGAAGCUAAGACAUCAUGCAGGGAUAUUAACACAAUGUUCAUGGGAAAAUGAGAGGCCUGAUAAUUGGAGACAGCAUCUCAGAGGAUGGAGAGCCAAAAAACACAGUCUGAGAAACCUGAUCCAGGCCUUGCACAGUCCUUAGGAACAUAUUUAUCAUAUUACGAGCAUGAAGAAAUGAAAAGAGAUGGCAGUCGUCCUGACUGUGAGACAGAGGAAAACAAGGACCCAUCAUCUCAGAUUGUCUCAUGUGCCCAUGCAGAUUCAGCUCCCGACCUGGAGUGGUUCCCGGAGGGACGCUUCGUCUGGCUUGUUGUCCUGGCAGCCACCUGGUGCAAUGGAUCAAUCUUUGGGAUUCAGAAGUCUUUUGGAAUCAUACAUAUGAUGCUUGUUAAAGCUCACGAGGACUCAAAUAAUGAAGUUUCUCAGUUUGCAAUAGCCUGGGUUGGUGCUCUGGCCAUGGGAAUGGUCUUUCUCUGCUCCCCCCUGGUCAGUAUUGUCACUGAUCACUUUGGCUGCAGGGUGACGGCCAUUUGUGGGGCCCUUGUGGCUUUCUUGGGACUUCUGACAAGUUCAUUCACCAUGUCGUUAGGUUUGUGGUACUUCACCUAUGGGGUUCUGUUUGGCUGUGGCUCCUCCUUUGUCUUCUUGCCUUCUCUGGUGACCCUGGGACACUACUUCCCUCAGCGCCUCGGCCUGGUCAACGGGGUGGUGAUGGCAGGCAGCAGUGUUUUCUCCAUAAGCCUGCCCGCCCUGCUGGAGGAGGUGGGGACACCGCUGGGCCUCAGCACCACCUUUCAGAUCCUCAGUGCCCUCAUGCUAAUCCAGGCAGCCCUGGCAUUCUCCUUCAGCUCACGCCUUUACCACAGGAAUAUGUCCACUAACACGGCCCAGCAUUCAUCUGCCAACCUGAGCAGUGGCUGGCAGCAGGGCCUGGCACAGACCAGGAGGUACUGCAACCUUGGAGUGUUUCACCUCCCUAAUUACAGGGUGUGGGCUUUUGGGGUGGCAACGGCUAUGCUGGGCAACUUUGUGCCCUACAUUUACCUGAUGAGUUUUGUGGAGGAGCAGUUUGUGGAGACGCCAGUGAAGGAGUGGGUCCUCCUGGUGUGUAUCGGGGUGACCUCCUGCGUAGGACACCUGCUGUUUGGCAGGGUGGGAGACCUGCUCCAUGGGGCACGCAAGAUCUACCUGCAGGCAGGCUCCUUCAUGGUGCUGGGCUUGGUGUCUAUGCUGGUUCCUCUGUGUGUCAGGUUUGAGGGGCUGGUUGCAGUGUGUCUACUGCUGGGGCUGUGUGACGGCUGCGUCAUCACCCUCAUGGCCCCUGUGACAUUUGAACUGGUGGGCCCCCAGAGAGCCUCCCAGGCCAUCGGCUACCUGAUGGGCCUCAUGGCCCUCCCCAUGACCGCCGGACCCCCCCUCGCAGGGCUACUCCAUGACCACUUUGGAGAUUACCACAUGGCCUUCUACCUGGCUGGGGUUCCUCCCAUGAUCGGAGGUGUCCUGCUCUUCUUUGUCCCGAAUGUUCAUCAACGCCUGCUGGAGGGCCAGCAAGAAACGCUCCCCAGACCCAGCCCUGACCUCCAGCUAUCCCCUCCUGGCUCUGACCACCAGUACCCUCCCAUCCCUGGUCACCAGCUGCCCCCAACCAGCCCUGACCUCCAGCUAUCCCCUCCUGGAUCUGACCACCAGUACCCUCCCAUCCCUGGUCACCAGCUGCCCCCAACCAGCCCUGACCUCCAGCUAUCCCCCCCUGGCUCUGACCACCAGUCCCCUACCAUCCCUGGUCACCAGCUCCCCCCAACCAGCCCUGACCAACAGUCCCCUCCCAUCCCUGGUCAUCACCAUCGCUGCCACGACUCAAGAAUGUUGCCAACAGUAACCAAGUGAGAGGACACUGUGGUGAAGACACUGUGACAAGUCAGAGAUCCCAUAAGAUGUAUAAUGAGGGAAGUCUUGUUCCAUGAUAUUCCAAGGGACGUUUGUUAUAAACAUCUUUAAACCACCAGUCUAAAGUUAUUGAAUUCUGAAUAAGCUUUGUACUCUAUGACCUAUUUGCAUAUAAGAUUUUCUAACAUUGUUGGCUUUAGGGCAGGGGCAGUCACUAAUAUUUCUGAGGUAGCCACUUCUGUGAAACAACCUCACUGAGCGAGCCGUCAUACCCAUAGGGAGUUGGGGGUUCACAAAGUCAAAUUGAUUCAUACAUGAUAUCAAAUGGAUUCACACAUGAUAUUUUAGAUACUAUUAACAUGGACCAUCAAGCUAUUUUAUUAUAUAUCGUAUAUAUCAGAAACAAAUGUGUAAAAAUAAUUUUAGGAAUCUAUUAAAUAUGGCAUUUGCCAUUAUCUCAAUAAAGUUUAUAGCACAAAGAUACAAUAUGUCAAAUCUGUUAAUGUCAAAUUUCAGUCUGAAGGAAGUAUAUUCUUUGGAGUGAUUGAAAUGCAUCAGUGUGGUUCUCUGUAGUUCAGUUGAUAGAGCAUACGUGCUUGCAAUACCAGGAUAGUGGGUUAAAUUCCCAGGUUCAUGAGUGUUAGCUUUCAGUAAUUGGUGUCACAACUGCUCCUGCUACGCCCUCUGGUGUUCAUGCGGUGUCUUCUUGACCUGCAGUUACACUCUCUUUCUCUCCCUCUCUGUGUGAUUGUGUGGUUGGAGACAGGUGUGCUGGAGUCAGAACAGAUCCCAACCAGCUGCAACUCGUUCCAUAAUCAAGACCUCUACAAAUACUCAGUCCUGCCAGUUCCACUCUGCCAGAUUGUAAUCUCUGCUCAGUCAAUUCAUGAUUCUAGCCAUUUCUGAUUUUUCAAGUUUUCAAGUUACUCUGCUGUGCCUGUUUCCCUGCCUGACACCGUUUAUCCUCUCAUUGCAGUUUACUGCUCUGUCUCUGGCUUCUGUUCCACAUCUCACCACCCAACUACCUUGCUCUGGAUUUUACUCACCACCACUACCUUGGAUUCCCCUCAGGACCUGUUUACCCUGUUCUACUCCGCCAACUCCAACCUCAGUCACCACAUCUGGUUUUUCUGCAACUCAUCCGAGCUUCCCCGGAUCUGCACUCCAUAUCUCUCUGUGUAACAAUAAAUAUUUUGGUUCAUUCA